AUGGGGCACAGUAAAGGGGAACUGAGGCAAGCAGCAGGUUCUCAAGGCCGCGGCGAGGGCUGGGAGCGGUCCCUCCUUCCCACAUCCUCCGUUCCCGUAGCCAACGUGUGCUCUGCUCUCUCCUCUCCAGGCUUCCACGUGAUGUCCUCGGUGUCCAAAGUGGUUCCCGAGAGCUGCCUGCUCAUCGUGGUGGGCCUUCUGGUCGGCGGGCUCAUUAAAGCGGUGGGCGAAAAGCCCCCCAUCCUUAAAUCAGACAUCUUCUUCCUCUUCCUUCUCCCUCCCAUCAUUUUGGACGCCGGCUAUUUCCUCCCCUUGCGACAGUUCACGGAGAACCUGGGCACCAUCCUCAUCUUCGCCGUGGUGGGGACGCUGUGGAAUGCCUUUUUCCUGGGGGGGCUGAUGUAUGCCGUGUGCCAGAUCGGCGGCAGCGGCCUCAACCACAUCGGCCUGCUGGCCAACCUGCUCUUCGGCAGCAUCAUCUCGGCCGUGGACCCGGUGGCCGUGCUGGCUGUCUUUGAGGAGAUCCACAUCAACGAGCUGCUGCACAUCCUGGUCUUUGGGGAGUCCCUGCUGAACGACGCCGUCACGGUGGUCCUCUACCACCUUUUUGAGGAGUUUGCCAACUUUGAGCAAGUGACCAUUAUCGAUAUCAUCCUUGGCUUCCUCAGCUUCUUCGUGGUGUCUCUGGGCGGCGUCUUCGUGGGCGUCAUUUAUGGGCUGAUUGCUGCCUUCACGUCCCGCUUCACCUCCAACAUCCGCGUCAUCGAGCCCCUCUUCGUCUUCCUCUACAGCUACAUGGCCUACCUCUCUGCGGAGCUCUUCCACCUCUCCGGCAUCAUGGCGCUCAUCGCCUCCGGCGUCGUCAUGCGGCCCUACGUGGAAGCCAACAUCUCCCACAAGUCCCACACCACCAUCAAGUAUUUCCUCAAGAUGUGGAGCAGCGUGAGCGAGACCCUCAUCUUCAUCUUCCUGGGUGUCUCCACCGUGGCUGGCCAGCACUACUGGAACUGGACCUUCGUCAUCAGCACGCUGCUCUUCUGCCUCAUCGCGAGGGUUUUGGGCGUCCUGGUCCUCACCUGGUUCAUCAACAAGUUCCGAAUCGUGAAGCUGACACCAAAGGAUCAGUUCAUCAUUGCCUACGGGGGCCUGCGGGGAGCCAUCGCCUUCUCCCUCUGUUACCUCCUCGACUACGAGCACUUUAACAUGAGGGACAUGUUCCUCACGGCCAUCAUCACCGUCAUCUUCUUCACUGUCUUCGUGCAGGGCAUGACCAUCCGGCCCCUGGUGGAUCUGCUGGCCGUGAAGAAGAAGCAGGAGACGAAGCGCUCCAUCAACGAGGAGAUCCACACGCAGUUCCUGGAUCACCUUCUGACGGGGAUCGAGGAUAUCUGCGGUCACUACGGGCAUCACCACUGGAAAGACAAGCUGAAUCGCUUCAACAAGAAGUACGUGAAGAAGUGCCUGAUAGCAGGAGAGCGCUCCAAGGAGCCGCAGCUCAUUGCUUUCUAUCACAAGAUGGAGAUGAAGCAGGCAAUCGAGCUGGUGGAGAGGGGCUUGGGCAAGAUCCCCUCCACCAUCUCCGCUGUCUCCAUCCAGAACAUCAGCCCCAAAACCCUCCCUGUGGAACGCGUCAUCCCGACCCUGUCCAAAGACAAGGAGGAGGAAAUCCGGAAGAUCCUCCGCAGCAACCUGCAGAAAACCAGGCAGAGGCUGCGAUCCUACAACCGGCACACGCUGGUGGCUGACCCCUACGAGGAAGCCUGGAACCAAAUGCUCCUGAGGAGGCAGAAAAUCCGGCAGGCUGAUCGCCAGAAUGCCUACCUGACAGUGCCAGCUAACAAGAUUGAUUCUCCCACCAUGUCCCGGGCUCGCAUCGGCUCAGACCCACUGGCCUACGAACCCAAGCCGGACUCGGAGAACCUCCCCAUCAUCACCAUCGACCCGGCCUCCCCGCAGUCCCCGGAGUCGGUGGACCUGCCCAACGAGGUGCCCAAGGGCUGCGGUGGCCUGCCUCCCUCCCCCGAGGAGGAUGAGGAGGGGUUGGUGAUGCGGCCCAAGGAGCCUUCCUCCCCUGGCACCGACGACGUCUUCACGCCGGGGACCAGCGACAGCCCCAGCAGCCAGAGGAUGCUGCGGUGUCUGAGCGACCCGGGGCCGCGGCAGGAGCCGGAGGAGGGGGAGCCCUUCAUCCCCAAGGGGCAGUAGUGCGGGGCUGCCCCUUCCUUCCUCUGGUUUCUCUCCCUCUUCGUUUUCUUUCUUUGCUCCCCCACACUUUCGGGUUCCUCUAUCACUACACGCCGGGUUUGGGAAGGGGGGACCGUCCUGGAUGGAUGGGAGCUGUGGGGACAGCUGUGCCCUGCGAGCCGUGGACCGGCUGAGGAGCAGGAUGGAGCCCUGGGUGGGGGACGCCCGGCCCUGGGGUGAGGACGCUCCCUGGGCUCCAGGACUGGCAGUGCUGCACGGGGCUGUGCUGGAGGCGACCCCAACCCACAGUGACCCCGUGGGACGGCGCUGGGCUGUGGCUGCAGAACUGGGGGCACCCGCGGGGCUGCACGGCUUCGCAUCUCCCUUUGCUUGCUGCAUCCGCACCCCCUGAGCCCAGGGGUGCAGCUCACGGAGGUGGGGGCCCAGAUCCGCAUCUCCCCCUCCACGGCUGCGUUCCCCGCGGGGCCACCCACCCCAGUGCUGCAUUCACACCGGGUCUUGCUCAAUAAAUACCCCGUAGCCAUGCGGGGGUCCCCGCUCCCCUCGCGCCCUGCAAAACCUGGGCCUCUCUGUCCCUCCUGGAUGCCUAGCACCCCCAGCCCCGUGCAUGUCCCCUCCUUAAACCCCACAUGGGGGUGGAAGCAGCGCUGCUCCUUAACCAAAGACAGCCCCGGGUUCGGCGCAGCACGCAGAUUGUAUUUCCCAUGCGCCGUCCCGCCGGCGUGCAUCGUGCCCUGCUUCCAGGGGGGAGAGAGAAGCAGUGACAAUUCUCUUGUAUAGAAAGGAAAAAAAAAAACAACAAAAAC